AUGGCUGUGAGCAAAGCGGUGCGGCUCUGUGGCCAUCUGAGGCAGUGGUCCAGUGUGCCGACGCGAAUGGUUAAACCUCAUCCCGCGGUGUCGGCAGCGUAUCCGGAUGUGCGUCGGUUUAACACCAGCGGGGGCCUGCAGGAAAAGUUGGCCACCAAGAGCGUCCAGAGGCACGACUGGAAUCGGGCCGUCAGCGAGGCGGAAAAGAUCGUUGGCUAUCCGACGUCGUUCCUCAGCCUCCGGUGGUUGCUGAGCGACGAGAUCGCGAACGUGGCGCUGCAUCUACGCAAGCUGGUCGGCAGCAAUCAUCCGCUGCUGAAAACUGCCAAAACGCUGAUCUAUAACGACAAAAACCAACAAGCGUGGGGACUGAUUGUGCUGCUUGUGUCGAAAGCGGCCGGACAUGUUGCCACCAUUCCCGACAUGGAGCAAGACAAGAGCGCCGGUGUACUCCAUUCCCAGCGCGCCCUGGCCGAGGUCACCGAGAUGAUCCGCACCUCGCAUCUCGUCCACCAGGGUAUGCUUAACCUGCAGUCGUUCGAUAAUGCCGGCAAUGAUCUGAGCGGUGACAGUGACAUGAUCUUUGGCAACAAGAUCGCACUGCUCGGUGGUGAUUAUCUGCUUGCGAACGCCUGUCAGCAAGUGGCAACGUUAAGGAAUCAAGAUUUGAACAUGCUCAUUUCGUCCGCCUUCCGCGAUCUGGCAGAGUCGAACUUUAUCGGUGAACGGGACGAGCAGAACAAUCCACUGCCCACGAAGCCGAGUGCACACGCGAAGGAACUCGCCGCCGACGUGAACAGCCUGGAUGAUUUGGGGUUCGGCGAUCUGGAGGAUAAUACCGAACCGAUGAAGAUUGACGGCGUUGUUGGUAGUCCGGAAAAGGAAUGGUCACUACGGCACGUGCUCGGCGGCGGUAGUCUGCUUGGGAAAAGUUGCCAGGGUGCGCUAAUGCUUGGCGGUCAUCCGGAAUCGCUCCAGAAGCAGGGCUAUCAGUUCGGGAAGCAUCUUUCGUUGGCUUGGCAGGCGUGUAUCGAUAUGCAGCCAUUCCUGUUACCGAAGCUACCGAUGGGUGCUCAGUUUAGUUUGGUGUCUGCUCCGGUACUAUUCCAGCUGGAGCACGACAGCGCAUUGUACGAGGAGAUCGAGAAGGGUCGCAAAUCUGUCGACAACAUCGACUACACCAAAGUCCACGAGGCGGUCCUUGAAGGUCCCGGACUGGAGAAGACCAAGAUUCUCCAACGCAAGCACAGCUUAGCGGCAAUGAAGGUGCUGAACGAACUGCCGGCCACGGACGCCAGGAGAGCUUUGCAGAACAUUAUUCUAGCCAUGCAAGAGCUGUAA